GUAACGAGCAAAUUACGACCAAUACGAAUUCGACACAACACGGCUUCAAACUUACCUCAAUACUUGAUGUCUGCCCUGUUUCGGGUAUAUAAAGUCUACCACGGCUCUCACCUUCGCGACCAACUUGAACAUCCAGUGCCCUGCAGCCCACUUGCGCAAAUCACCGAGCAACCAUGUCAGGCGUUCUUUGCGUCUGGGCUGCUGACUUACCAGAAAGCUCUGAACAAUGGUACGAAGAUGAAUUUAUCCCAGAGAUGAUGUCCCGUCACUCAGACAGGGUAUUACUAAGUGAGAUUGUCGAGACGCCUCUAGACAAAGACCUAGAAGGUGUCGCAACGAACGAUGCACCUUGGAAGAGUAUGGCAGUGUACGAGGUCGACGAUGUACAAAAGAGCACAGAGGCAACAUAUGACGAAAGUAACCAUCCGGCGAUGGAUGGGCCUCUGAAGGGUUCGCGGUUCGAUGUCAGAACGUACGAGUUGAUCAAAGUAUGGCAAGGCGACGAACAAUGGAACUGCGAUGCAGCAGAUGUUGCCUCGUUACUCUUCUUUGAAUGGCAGCCUCGUGCAGGGCGUGAAAGGGAAGUACUCGAAUUCUACGAGUCUGAGAUCGGACCUCUAUUCUCGAUGGCACCUGAGAUCCUGCGUUUGCGAUGGUUCAAAAUCAAAAAUGCUAUAACGCUGAAGAAGGACGCAUUUAGUACACUGAAGGAGGAAGACUUGCAUACCUACACGGCGAUUGCGGAGAUGAAUUGUGAAGAGUGGCCAUGGGGUGAGAUCUUUGCACUGAACCAGCUGCCUCAAUGGGCGGAGUAUUUCGAGGAUCAGAAAGCUGUGAGAUGGCAGGCUAGCCAUCAUGUGGUUAAAAGGAGUUAUCCGGCUGCUGAAAACAAUGAUAGCAGCGAUGCUUGUAUAGCAAGAUAAGCUGGAUGAUUUCGAAUUGUUAAACAAUCCCCACCCCU